AUGGCGUCUGUCCAAGGGGGAAAGGCCCCUGGUGCGUCGACCGCUCCGAUGACAUUAGAGCAGGUCGUCAAGGACCGUGCAUCGCAGAUGGCUGUGCAUGAGCUGGGAAUGCGUCUCCGCCGGCACCAACUCACGGGCACAGAGGCGAUCGCCGAGGCCACGGCGCGCACGCUGCGCGCGACCGUGAGUGCUGCCAAGUUUACGCGCCUCGACGAGCUUGUGCAGAUGAUCCGUACGGUCGGGCGGCACUUGCAGGAUGCUUUGCCGUCUGAGCCGGUGAUUGGGAACAUAACGCGGAGGAUCCUCUUUCUGCUGCGUGAGGAAGCCAAGGCGCUGACCAGCCUGGGGGCGACGGUGCCUGACGCUGCGCCACGUACGCAGCCGCCGCCCUCUGUGGCCCAGUCGCUUGCAGCACUCUCGCUUUCGACGCCUGGCUCGCCGUCGUCCUCGAUGCAUUUGCCAGCGGAGUCAUCCGCGUCGGUCACGCCGGCCCGUUCCUUCUCGAUUUCGGACCUCGUGUUCCCAUCGAUGCCCUCGCCGACUAUCGUGUCAUCGCCUAGUGCGUCGUUCAGCCAGGCGAACAGCCCCGUACCGGCGUCGCUCUCGACUGACUCGGGCUCCUCGGAUGACGAGGGCCCCACCGAUUCGUCGGCGUCGCAUGCGUACCAGCUCAAGCCGCUGCUCAUCCAGGCAAUCCAGGAACUGAUUGAUGAGGUCGAGUCCGUGGACGCGAACGUCGCGAAAGAGGCGCGCGACCACGUCCACUCGGGUGAAGUGAUCCUCACGCUCGGCCACUCGUCGACUGUGCAGAGCUUUCUACGUGCGGCAGCUAAGCACCGCAAGUUUAUCGCAGUGGUGCCAGAAUCCGCGCCGUCGUUUGUGGGCCACGAGAUGGCGCGCUCCCUCGCAGCUGCGGGUCUCUCGGUCCUGCUCGUGCCUGACUCGAACGUGUAUGCCUUGAUGCCGCGUGUGUCCAAGGUAAUCCUUGGCGCGCGGUGUGUGCUGGCCAAUGGUGGUAUUCUUGCCUCGAUAGGCGCACGGGCGAUUGCCAUGGCCGCGCGCGAGCACUCGACGCCGGUCGUGGCGCUCGCUGGUGUCUACAGGAUCUCGCCCGAUUGGGCGUGGGUCGGUCCUGAGCGCAUGACGACGAGCAACCAAGGCCCGUCGUCGCAGGUCGUCAACUAUGCGUCGUCCGCGCGGCUCGCGUCCGAGGCGGACGUGGCGAAUCCGCUGUGGGACCUGGUCAUGCCGAACGACAUCGAUGUGAUCAUCACGAAUGUGGGCGAGCAUCCGCCGUCGUACGUGUACCGUUUGAUCCAGGAAAACUACCAUGAAGAGGACCUCUACUUUUAG